AUGAAUCGCAAGACCACUGCUGCCUUGGCCAUACUCGGCCUUGCAAACGCCGCUCCGUUGGUUGAUCCUGCAGUCAAUUCGGUAGUGUGUCCUGCGGUCGAUCUGGUUGUGGACAUCCUCCGCCUUUAUCCCUCGGCAACUCCAUUCUGCUCAUCAUUCUUGCACAUUCCCACCGUCACCACCACCCAGACUGUUUCCUCCACGGCGUUGUUCACGUCGGCUGCAACUACAACCAUCCUCACCACAGUAUCUACAUUUACAAGCUCCGCCGAUCCGGUCACUGCCUACUCUACCUUCUCUCAAUCCGCCACCGUUCCUGCUAGCAUUAGUAUUCCUGGUGUCUGCGGAGGAUGUCCCGCUAUUCUGAAGAACAUUGCUUGUAGUGCAAUUUCCACUGCCUGCGGCUGUCUCGGCAUUCCAACUCCCACAUCGACCGUGAUCCUCACCCAAGUGUCCUCGACCACCGCCUACCCUACUUCGACCACCUAUUCGAGCAUCACAGCGACCGUUGUCACCACGCCAACCACUACUCUUCCUACUACAUCAACCUCAACUGUUAAUUACUGUCCCACGCCUCCAAGCUGCAACAACGAGGGUAUCCGAUGGGCGAUUUACCCCAAUUCGGUGUACAACUCCGACAACACAUACAGCGACUACGAUCCGACAGUGAUUAAAUCAGAGGCUCCCGAGUACCAGACUACGGCUUCCGUUUGUGGUGGACUGUACGAGAGCGAUGUCGGCCAAAUAUCCAUCUACGGAAGCACCCAAACCUUCGAGUCUGACUAUUUCAGCCUGAACCAUGUUGGAUAUAUCUUCGCCCAAUCGAGUGGCACCUACACCUUCACCCUAACUCAGCCCGACGAUAUUGCUUUGUUGUGGCUCGGAUCGAAUGCAUACUCGGGAUGGACUCGUGAUAAUGCCGAUGCGACUGCUGUUAUCUUUGGCAAUCCUUCGGCUUCCGCUACCGUCAACCUCGUUCAAGGCCAGUACCUGCCAUUCCGUGUUGUCUUUGGCCAGGCCCAGGGAGCUGUCAGCUUCUACCUCACUCUCACAGCUCCAGACGGUACUGUGAUUUUGAACAGUGACACUUCCAACUCGCCAUUCCUCGUCCAGUACUCCUGCGAUGGCACUUCGGCACCCGAAUUCCCUGCCUUCGGAUCGGAGACUUAG